AUGUUUAGCCGCUCAAGCUUGUCAUUGUUGUACUAUGAAAAUUUUCAGGUUUUGUGUCUGUUUCUGUUGCUGGGUUUUACGUCCACGUCUUCAGAAAACACGGUGUACAAGGUCACCACGAUUCUGGAUAAACCUUUUGUAACACUAAAGGAUGGAAACCCUUCAGAAUUUGAAGGCCUCAUACCCGAUUUGUUGAAGAGGAUAGAACCAAUUCUUAAUGCGACCUUUAACAUAAAACAUGUAGGAGAUUUCAAGUACGGCUCUCAGAAUAAGUAUGGCAACUGGACUGGUAUGAUAGGAGAACUAAUCAAGGGGGAAGCAGAUAUUGCUGCAGCGUCCCUUACCGUGACGGCAGAGCGAGCAGCCGCCAUCGACUUCUCGCAUCCCUUCAUGGAAUCAGGAAUUUCCAUUGUCCUUAAGCGACCCAUUGCGAGGGGAUGGCAGGCCAUAACGGGAUAUGUCUCCUUUCUACAACCCUUCACAGCCGGAGUUUGGAUCGCCUUGCUCUUCUCCUGUUUAAUUGUUCCAAUUCUAUACGGCCUGAUUAUGCACUUUGACCCCAUGGAAGAUGAAGCCGAAACUUCUCUUCUGAAGAACAUCGCCAGAGCGGUUCCGGUUGUCUUCUACAGAUUCUGCUUACAAGGAAGUCUUGCGCCAUCCAAGUCUACCUCCAGGUCUUCGAGAGUAAUACUUGCCUUUUGGUCUUUGUUUCUUAUCAUUUUGUACGCCACCUGGGCAUCAGCCUUUGCUGUAUUCAUUAUGGAAGGGAAGAGACAACUUCCGGAGUCUCCCUUCCAUUCAUUUUCUGAGCUUUCGAAACAAUCAUCUGUGAAAUUUGGAACAGUUAAAGGAGGGUCCACUUAUAGAUACUUUACAAAAGCUUUGGAUAAGGUGGAUAGCAAAAUUGGAGAACAUUUUAAAAACAAUCCAGAUCAAAUGGUCGGUAGUACAGCAGAGGGAAUUAAACGAGUUCGAAACAGCAAUGGCGAUUAUGCAUUUAUCAUGGAAGAGAUAGGAGCUAGGCUAUUAGCAGGAAUGUCGCCGUGUGAUCUAAUGCUAAUUCACCAUUCUUUCAUACGUAAAUCUUUCUCUUUUGGAUGUUCCAAAAACAACAGCAUAUGCAGAGAUCUAGAUAUCGCCAUCAUUAGACUGAAAACUGAUGGUGUGAUACAAGAAUUAACAGACAAGUGGCUGAAUGAGGACAACGUUUGUGAUACUGAUUUCUAUGACGAUUAUUUGCAGUACAUUAGGUCUUUUGACAACAAGAAAGAGGAGUCGGGGUAUCUUUUUAAGGGCAGUGCUCUGGGUAUGGAUAAAGUCGGAAGUGCGUAUAUUCUACUAGCCAUAGGAAUCAUUCUUUCCGUUUGUUUGUUGGUCUUCGACAUAUGUAUGGAGAGAAGAGUGCAGAAGGCAGUGUCUAGAAGAGGAGGGACUGACAAACAGCCAUUUGAAGCCAUUACAGACGACAUGCAAUAAUUCUUACCAGCCAUAAUAACCCGCGCUACACAGUAACCGCUGAUCACAAAUUACUGAAUUAUAACAAUGAACUGGUGGAGCAAUUGCAUGUAGUAUUAUUUUCAAAAUAAAACCGCCCUGCUUGUG